GACGCGACUCGCUUUCUAACUGAGGCGAGAGGUCCCUCGUGGAUUCGUUUUAGCUCACGUCCCCGGCAGUUUUUUCAAGAAUGCAUUGCACAGACCGCCGUGCCCAGUAGAAGAGCGACCAGGUGUUCUCUGGAGCAAAAAACCUAUCGCCCCAGACAUCAACGCUAUUGGAAUCAACGUGCUGCUGAGUGCAGACGCUCUGCUGACCAGCCUAAGCGCCUACGAGACGUGGUAAAGUGUUAUAGGUUUUGUCUGGCCUCCCGGCCUCACCUACGAGACGGUGUGAAAGCGUGCCGCUCUGCGCAGUGUGGAAGUACGCUCCUAUGAAAACUCCGUUGUGGACCACGCUAUCUAGAGCGCCGCGGAAGUUGUUGGAGAGACGUUGCAGCAAGGUUCUGGCUUGUCGGCACCAAUGCACUUCUGAAAAUGGCUACUCCCACACUCCAGUCAUGUUGCACGAGGUCAUUGAAUCCCUUGGCAUUCAGCAAGACCAGACAUUUGUGGACCUGACCUUUGGAGCAGGUGGCCACACCCAGCAUAUCCUGGCAGCCGCAAAGGGGGUCCGAGUACUGGCCCUAGACCGAGACCCCACAGCGUACAUGAGGGCUCAGCAAAUGGCCAAGCAGUACCCUGCGGGACAGCUGGUGCCCCUGCUGGGCCGCUUCAGUGAGCUGGGCCCCCUGCUGGAGCGGGAGGGGGUGCCUCGGGGCAGCCUGGAUGGGGCGCUGGUCGACUGUGGCUGCUCCUCCAUGCAGAUGGAUGACCCCAAGCGAGGGUUUGGACUGACACGCCAGGGACCACUUGACAUGCGCAUGGACGCAGCCAGGUUUCCAGGUGAACCGACAGCUGCCGAUGUCGUCAAUUUUCUUGACUAUGACUCACUGGUGCAAGUGCUCAAGUUGUAUGGAGAGGAGAAGCACGCAAAAAAGGUUGCACAGGCCAUAGUGGACUCUCGCUUCUUGAUGAAGAACCUGCGCACCACCACCGAGCUGGCACACAUAGUCGAAGUGGCGUUGACUGACACGGGCAAAGCUCCUAAAGUCAUGGGUGUGUACAUGCUUGUCUCUUGCCAUGGCAGUGGCAGUGUGGACUCCCUGGGACGGCCGAGCCAUCCGGCCACCAAGACGUUCAUGGCACUUCGCAUUCUAGUCAACAACGAGCUGAACGAGCUGCACUGGGCCCUGUCACUGCUGCGCCAUUGGCUGCGACCGGGGGCACGCCUGGCUGUGCUGGCUUUUCACUCGCUCGAGGACCGCAUCGUGAAGAGGCACUUUCAGGGUGUGGACAUGAGUGAGCCGGUGAACAUUGCCCAGCGCCUUCGUAAUGCAGCUGUGUGGCACAGUGCAGAGGAAAUGGUGUCUGAGCGGCAGCACCAUUGGCAGCCUCUGGGCCCGCUCCAGCUGCCGUCCCGAAUCGAGACGGAGCACAACCCACGAAGCCGUUCGGCCAAGCUGCGUGUUGCUGAGAGGACAGCCACAGCUUAGCCAACUUAUAAAUGCUAUUUAUUACAAGUUGCACCUCAUCUCUUACGUCUUCAGGAUCAUUAAAAACGUAUAAAAGACCUCUAGUUGUAGAAUGUUUGUCGGACAAGACCUUCAUUUAGGACAGUUGUUCAAUGCUUAAGAGGGGAAACACAACGCGAGAAAAGACAAGGACGCAGGAACACAGUCCAGUAUUCCUGUAUCCUUUUUCACUUCAUUGUGUUUUCCCAGCUAAGCAUGUUUGUUGACCUGGGUCAAUUUCAUUACCAGUGAAUGUGUGACGUAGUGCAAGCUGGUAUGACUCGAGGGUUAGCACUGUCCUUCAUCUGUUCUGUUUUACUUUGACCGUACACAUACGCACA